AUGGCCUGGAGGUGCUCACGAUUGCUACUGGCCCCUGUGCUGCUGCUGCUCCUGGCCUCAGGUGUCUGGGGGUCGACAGUUGUGUCUGAGGAACUUCAUACAGUGGUAGGACAGGACCUCUCCGUGCGGUGCCAGUACAAGCCUGAAGCAGGGCCUUAUGUGCCGAAAUCAUGGUGUCGGCAGACAUCUCCAAAUAAAUGUAACAGAGUGGUCACAACCUCUGAGCCUCGGAGAGCAGUCAAGGAGUCACAACACACAAUCUGGGACGAUCCUGAAGCUGGCUUCUUCAGCGUCACCAUCACUCAGCUCACGGAGAAGGACUCGGCAUUCUACUGGUGUGGACUGUUUAACGCUUCCCGAAAUGUAAUCAACGUUCUCAGAAACAUCAGCCUGGUGGUGUCUCAGGCUUUGCCCACUCUUCCUCCACCGACCAGCAUCCGGCUCCAAACAAAGAUGGAGACGACCACCUGGCUCCCAACAAGCACAGUUCUGACCACUUCUCCAGAGGAAACCACCGGCUUUUUCAUCAAUGGCUCUGAGCACAGAAACCACAGUUCUCCUUCCUGUCCGGGCUGGGUCUCCCCGAGGCUUCCAGUCUUUGCGCAGUAUGGACUCCUGCUGUUCAAGGGCCUGAUGCUGUCAGUUUGCUGUGUGGUCCUUUGCCAGAGACGCCGCCAGGGGCGUGAGGACGUGGCAGAGACAGUGAUGAUGGAGGCUAAGGAAUACCCCAGCCUUCCUGAAGCCUCGGAGUCCUUGGGCACAUUUAGCCAUAUGUCAGGGUGUGAGAAGAAUGAUUAUUCUCCUAACCCUACCCAGUGGCUGCCCGACCACUGCAUACCACAACCCUACUGA